CGUCGUUGUAUCCCCCUACUCUCUCCCAUCUUCCAGCUCGAGGGGAACCUUCAUGCCUCCUCCGGCACACCCACGACCGCGCCGCAGCUCAGCGCUCACAAUGUCGCGGCUCGCGUCGUCCAUCGCAGGCCUGCUCGCCGUCUCCAUCGGCCUCAACUCGCUCACGGCCAACGCGUUCAUGCUCGAGCUCGAGGGCCCGGGUAUCAUCGACAUCCCCUCGCCGGUGAACCACACGGCCGACCCGUCCUCGUGCGCAGGGUACCGGCUCACGUCGAUCGCCGAGGCGGACAACGGCGCAGGCUACGACGGCUCGCUCGAGCUCAUCGGCGAGUGUAAUGCCUAUGGCCCGGACUACGCCACGCUCACCCUCAGCGUGCGGUACGAGACGGCUGACCGGCUGCGCGUGCGCAUCGUCGACAGCGGAGGGCGCGCGCACACCGUGCCGGACGACGUGGUGCAGGGCGGAUGGCCCGCUGUCGGCGCCCACUCCGUGUCUAGCGACAAGGCGAACGUCGCCUUCGAGUACGUGUCCGACCCGUUCAGCUUCAAGGUCGUGCGCAGGGCCUCUGGUGAGGUGCUCUUCGACACGGUCGACUCGCCCCUCAUCUUCGAGGAGCAGUACCUCCGCGUCGGGUCGCGCCUGCCGCCAGGCUCGCACAUCCAAGGGCUGGGCCAGCACAACGACAACUUCAACCUUCCGAUCCACCAGGAAGACUACGUACGCACGCUGUGGUCGCGCGAUGCGUACGGCGUGCCGUCGCAGACAAACCUGUACGGCACCCACCCGGGCUACAUCAACCAGGUGCUCACCGACGACGCGGCGUCCUCGAGCGGCGUCUUCCUCCUCAACUCGAAUGGCAUGGACGUCAAGUUCCCCGGCGGGGACAACAUAGAGUUUAACGCUAUCGGCGGCAUUGUCGACCUGUUCUUCUUCAACGGGCCAACGCCGGCCGACGUCGUGCGCCAGGGCGCCGAGGUCUGGAAGCCCAGCGCCAUGGUGCCGUAUUGGUCUUUGGGAUUCCACAGCUGCAAGUACGGAUACAUUGACAUUGCCGAGGUCGCCGAGGUCGUGGCAAACUACUCGCUCGCCAAGAUCCCCCUCCAGACCCAGUGGAUCGACAUCGACUACAUGCACAACCGGUGGAUCAACACGCUCGACACGCAGAGAUUCAGCCUCGAGAAGGUCCGCUAUGUGGUCGACCAGCUCCACAAGGCCGGACAGGACUUUGUGGUCAUGGUCGACCCCGCCGUGUUCAGCGGAAGCCUGAAUUCGUCAGCAGCCAAGUACGAGACAUUCCAGAACGGCAUCGACGCCGACGUCUUCCUCCGCUACGACAACGGUGACCUGUACGAGGGUGUGGUGUGGCCCGGCCCUACGGCGUUCCCAGACUGGACGGCGAAGGGUGCACAGGAGUGGUGGAGCUCCGAGCUCAAGCGGUUCUUCGACCAGGAAGUCGGCGUCGACGUCGACGGUAUCUGGCUCGACAUGAACGAGCCCGCCAACUUCCUUCCCUAUCUCGAGGCAAACAUCUACCGCCUGUCGAACGAGCGCGGCGUCCCUCCCCCUCGUCCGGAGCCGCGUAUCAUCCCUCGCACUAUCCCAGGCUUCGAGAAGCUCAAGGCGGGCAAGAAUAUCUCGGCGCCCCUCAAGGGCUCCAAGCCAGACGACAGUGUCUUUGGCAACCAGUUCGGCGGCCAGUCAACGGUGUACCCCGAGCCUGACACUCUCGACGACUACCUCUCCCCGGACCUGGACAGCAAGUGGCUCUACCCGCCAUACCGGAUUCACGACCGCCGUGCGCCCCCCUCAGCUGUGGACGCGACGUCGAACGAGCACCUGAAGAACAUUUCUGACUUCUCGGCGCGCACCGACUUGGUCCAGGCCAACGGCGCGCGCACGUACGAUGAGCACAACCUCUAUGGGUCGCGACACGCAAUCCGCACACGCCAUGCGCUCAUCGACCGUGCCCCGGAGAAGCGGCCGUUCACGAUCGCUCGCUCCAGCUUCACCGGCACGCCGAGCUCGAUCUGGCUCGGCGACAACGUCGCCUCGUGGGAGCAGUACGGGGAGAGCAUCCGCCAAAUGCUCCAGUUCUCCAUCAGCGGUGUCGGCGUCGUCGGCAGCGACGUGUGUGGCUUCAUCGGCGAGACGACGGAAACCCUCUGUGCUCGUUGGGCCUGGCUGGGCGCCUUCAACACCUUCUACCGCAACCACAAUGAUCUUGGCUCCCCGCCGCAAGAGUUCUACCUCUGGAACAAGACGACUAUUGCUGCUCGUGCGGCAGGCCACACCCGCCUUGCCCUCCUCGACUACACAUACACUGCGCUGCACCACCACAGCAUCGAUGGCACGCCGGUGCUGUGGCCGCUGGGAUGGGUACACCAAGAUGACCCGGGCGCGCUCGGCAUCGAGACGCAGUUCUACUUUGGCGACGCGCUCCUCGUCUCACCGGUGCUUCAUGAGACGCCCAACUUGUUCGUUUACCUCCCCGGCGCAGUGUACUACGACUUCUUCACCCACGAGCGUGUGUGGGGCGGGCGGCCGCUCAGCCUCCAGGACGUGCCGUACGACACGAUGCCGCUUCAUAUCCUCGGAGGGAGCAUCGUGCCGCUCCGCGACGGAAUCAGCUACACUACGCAGGAGAACCGCAAGCUGCCGUUCAAGCUCAUCGUUGCGCCUGAUACGAAUAGCGAGGCAGAGGGAAGGCUGUACCUCGACGACGGCGAGUCGCUCCACGUCGGCGACAACAAGUCCAACAUCAACUUCAAGCUUGCCAACGGCGAGCUCAAGAUUUCGGGCAGCUUUGCAUACACUGGCGAAGGCGCGUCUAUCCUCGACACUGUCGUGUUCUUGGGCCAAGACCGCGACUGGGUGGUCAAACUGGACGGCAAGGAGAUUGAUAGCGUGUAUGACCGCGACGCGCCGUCCAUCACUGUCUCCGGCCUGAAGCGCAAGUGGCAAGAGACGACAAUCACGGUCAUCAAGGAGCAGAAGGUGCGGAAGACGACCAGCAGCAGCAUACAGCACGAAGAACUCUAGAACCUAUGCAUGGGAGAGGCGAUUAUGGACCAAGCGAUCACGCUGCCAACGUCCAACCUUGGGUGGAUG